AUGUCAUCAAUGUCUAUUGGAGAAAAUAUUGAUUCACAAAAUGAAACAAAUAUGACGCAUGUAUAUGUGAAUCGAGAUAAAAAAUUUCAUUGCUGUGCUCGUGGAAGAGCCGUCAGCAAUUUUUUUUCAUUUAUUAUUGGUCGCAAUACUUCAUCAUCUUUCACGUGUCAAGAACAUAAUGCAGCUGCAAAUAGCUUUGAUUUACAUCUUGAUAUUCCAACAGCUUUAUCUUUAAGUCCUAUGGAAGAAGUCAUUCAAUGCCAAGAUUCGAAUAUAAAAUCAAAUCAAAAUGAUGAAAACGUGCCAUCAUCUAUCUGUGUAGAGAUGGAGCAGUCUUCACCACCACAAGAACAAGUAAACGAUGAAGAUGAAAAUAAAAUUAUUCUGUUAAAUACUUCAGAUGAAGAUCAAUCAAAAACGACACUUGAGCUCAAUAAUCGUUUUAGUCGUUCUCAAAUUGAAAAUGAAAUUAUAAAAAUGGUGCACAACGUUCUACAAUUUGAUAAAAAUAAACUGUAUGAUUUAUUGUAUAUUGCCGAUUCACAUUGCUAUAUUGAUAUUCUAUUUGAACAGUGA